CGCCUCAUUCCAUCCGUAUCUCGAACCUUUGGGAACUGCAGCUCCUCCGCAAAUCCAACUCCAGAGAAAAGCCCGCUCUCCGGCGCGCAACACCCUCUCCUCCACCCGCAGAUUCCUCUCUCCAGUUUCAUGCAUCGUCUUUUGUAUUUCUAGCCCCGUCCGUCCAUUUUCUCACAUCAUGUUCCGGCCCGCGUCGAGAGUCCUGCUCCGCGCGCCAGCCGCUGCUGUCGGCGCACCGGGUCGCAUCCAGUCCAGCCGACGAUUGAUCAGCACCGCACCGCCCACCCAGAAGUCGAGGAGCUGGAAGAGCCUGGUUCUGCGAGCAGGUCUGGCCGUGGGUGUCGUAUACUACUACAACACGAGCAGCGUGUUUGCGAAGCAGCCGUCAUUCUCUCUCCGGCCCCAGCCUGAGGUAGAAGAAGAUACCGACAACCUCCCCACACUCGAUGCCAUCAAGCCCAAGAGACGUCAAGAGCAGCAGCAGCAGGAUGCCGUGAAGACCGAUGUGCAGACUGCGACCACCCCAGAGGGCGCCGCACAGUCUUCGGAGGGCUUGUCGUCACCGGAGGAGCUUGAGGAGCAGGCUGGACAGGAGGGCGCAUUCAACCCAGAGACCGGCGAGAUCAACUGGGACUGCCCCUGCCUGGGUGGAAUGGCCCAUGGUCCUUGUGGAGAGGAGUUCAAGGCCGCUUUCAGCUGCUUCGUCUACUCUACGGAAGAGCCGAAGGGCAUAGACUGCAUUGAGAAGUUCAAGGGCAUGCAGGACUGCUUCCGCCAGCACCCCGACGUCUACGGCACCGAGCUCGACGAGGACGAGGUUGACACCCAGCUGAGAGACCAGAUCGCCGCAGAGGACAAGUCCGCUCAGCCCUCCGCCGCCGAAAUCGACGCUGCUUCUCACCCCGACGAGAAGCGCGCUCGCGCCAAGGAGGUCCACGCCCAGGCCAAGGCCGCCACCGCUGAAGGCGCCGAGAACCCAGAAGGCGACGAGCUAGUGCCCAAGCAGUACCACGACACCCGGGAGAAGAACGAAACCACACAGUAGACGGAGAUUCCCAAAUCCUCCCUAUACCGCGUGACGUGACGAACCCCGAAGCUGCUAGCUAGCGAACGAAAGAAGCGAGAAAGAAAGCCUUGUCAUACUCCCCUCCAUUUCUUUUUUAUUACUGGAAUGGAUAUAGAUACAUUUCAACCUUCAGAGAAAGAAAAGAAAAAAGUAGGAAGAGGAGGGGAAAUGGUUGGGAAAAGUUUGACAAAAACUUGUAUUAAUGCUUUUUUUUAGUACAAGACCAUAUAGACAAGAACCCCCCGGAACCCCCCAAAGUGUAUAUUAUCUACACAUGACUGCUACACUAGUUACAGUAACUUAUUCAAAGACAUCUUCCCUUUGUUAUUAUGAGUGAUUCUUCUUCUGUCUUCUUAGGAACUAACUAGUAGCUUGUACAGUACCUUGGAUAUUGGAUACGUAAAGGAAGGCG